AAGCAGUGAGUAGACUCAGCAUUGCUAAGAGGGAAAUAUAUGUUAAUCUGAAAUAAUGGGCAAGAAACAGAAAAAUAAAGGAGAUGACGGUGCCAAAGAUGAUGGCGUUGACAUCGAUGCAUUAGCAGCUGAAAUUGAAGGAGCUGGUGCAGCCAAGGACCAGAGCAAAGGAAAGAGCAAGAAAAAGAAGGCAGGAAAGAAAGACGACUUUGAUGAGGAUGACAUUCUCAAAGAACUGGAGGAAUUAUCAAUCGAAGCUCAAGAUGGAAAAUCUAAAGAACCAGCAAAGAAAUCGGACUCUAUAGAGGACACAGAAGCUGAGCCUGCACCAACUAAGGCAGAAAAGAAAAAAACAAGAAAAGGCAAGCGUGAGGAAAAUGAGGGUGAGGAAACUCAGAGUAAAGACGACAUGGAAAACGAAAGUUCGGACAAAAUCAAGAAAGCGGUGGCGGCUCCCGCUGCUGCUCCUGCUGCUUCGGAAUCUGACGAUGAGGCGUCACGACCCUUGCGCAAAGCCAAGGGCGCCAAAAAGGCCACGUCUGACUCUGAAGAUGACGAUGAGGAUGAACAAACGAAAAAAGCAGAAGCAGUUGACGAUGAGUCAGACGAUGACUCCCAGGCCGCCCGCAAACAGAAGAAAAAGGGAAAAGCAAAAGCAAAGCCGGAAAGUGACAACGACGAUGGUGGAGAUAACGAUGGCACCUUCAAAAUGAAGACCGCGGCUCAAAAGAAGGCAGAAAAGAAGGAAAGAGAGAAGAAGAAGAAGGAGGAGGAGAGAGCAAAGUUGAAAGCCAAAAAGGAGAAAGAGGAGGAGGCUACUAAGAAGGAUACAAGCAAGACUCAAACAAAAGGUGCUGCAGCGCCCAUCCCAGAAACGAUAAAAGUAGAACCGGAGGAGCAGGAAGCAGCUGAUGACCAAGGCGAAGAUGAUGAGGGUGACAAAAAGAAGAAGGACAAGAAGAAGAAGAAGGGAGAGAAGGAGGAAAAGGAGAAAAAGAAAGGUCCAAGCAAAGCCACAGUGAAGGCCAUGCAGGAAGCUUUGGCUCGGAUGAAGGAGGAGGAGGAGAGAGCCAAAAGAGAGGAGGAGGAAAGGGAGAGACGUCUGGCAGAACUGGAGGCUCAAAGGCUUGAACAGGAGCGACUGGAAGCCGAAAGGAAGGAGAAGAAAAAGCAGAAGGACAAAGAAAGAAAGGAAAGGUUAAAGAAAGAGGGUAAGCUGCUUACCAAGGCCCAAAAGGAGGCUCGAGCUCGAGCCGAGGCCACACUGCGUGCGCUGCAGGCCCAAGGUGUAGAAGUGCCUACCAAAGACUCCAUGCCAAAAAAGAGGCCAGUUUACUCUGACAAAAGAAAGAGGAAGCCAACAUCACAAACAGAAGAAGUGACAUCACCUACGUCAGAGGUGGCUGACCCACUCGCCACUGAGAUGCAAGUGGACACUCACAUAGAAAAAACUGUUCCUGCAGAGGCAGAGGCAAAGGCAGAGGCAAAAGAUGAGAACGCUGACAUCGAUGACUGGGAAGCCAUUGCCAGCGAUGAGGAAAAAGAGCUGAAGAAGGUCCACAUUGAGGUGAAGGUGACAGCAGUUCCUCAGCCAGCUCGCAAACCCUCUUCGGCUGAGGCUGAAAAUGUUAGCGAAGAGGAGGAAGACGAAGAUGAGGAGGACGAGGAAGAUGAAGAGGAUGAAGAUGAGGAGGACGAAGAGGAAAGUGAGGAGGAACAGGUGGAGGACAAAGAAAAUCGGACGCCUAAAAAGAGCAAAAAAGAAGAGAGCUCCGAAUCCAGCAGCGAGAGUGAUUCAGAUGACGAGCGCACUAAAGAGGAAAAGCUUUAUGACAAGGCCAAGAGAAGAAUAGAGAAACGGAGACACGAGAAUAUAAAAAACAUCAAUUUGGAUAAACUCAGAGCUCCUGUGGUCUGUGUACUUGGCCAUGUAGACACAGGAAAGACUAAAAUCCUUGACAAGCUGCGACAUACAAACGUACAGGAUGGCGAGGCAGGUGGAAUCACUCAACAGAUCGGUGCCACAAACGUUCCCUUAGAUGCAAUCAUCGAGCAAACCAAGAUGGUGAAAAACUUUGAAAGGGAGACUAUGAAGAUUCCAGGUAUGCUGAUUAUUGACACACCAGGGCACGAGUCCUUCAGCAAUUUGAGAAACAGGGGUAGCUCCCUGUGUGACAUCGCUAUCCUGGUAGUGGACAUUAUGCAUGGAUUGGAGCCGCAGACACUUGAGUCCAUUAACCUGCUAAAAGAGAAGAAGUGUCCCUUCAUUGUGGCCCUCAACAAGGUUGACCGUCUGUACGACUGGAAGAGGAGUCCAGACACAGACGUGGUAGCUACUCUGAAGAAGCAAAAGAAAAACACAAAGGACGAGUUUGAUCAACGAACCAAAGAAGUUAUUGUCGAAUUCGCUCAGCAGGGUUUGAAUGCUGCUUUGUUCUAUGAGAACAAGGACCCUCGCACCUUUGUGUCUCUAGUACCCACAUCUGCCCAUUCAGGUGACGGCAUGGGUAACUUGAUUGCUCUACUCGUGGAGCUCACCCAGACUCUGCUGGCACGCAGAUUGGCCCACUGCGACGAGCUCCGUGCUCAGGUCAUGGAGGUGAAAGCUUUGCCUGGUAUGGGCACCACAAUCGAUGUGAUCCUGAUUAACGGGUGUUUACGAGAGGGCGAGACCAUCAUUGUGCCAGGUGUGGAGGGACCUAUAGUCACCCAAAUUAGAGGCCUCCUACUGCCACCGCCCCUUAAAGAGCUUCGUGUCAAGAAUCAGUAUGAGAAGCACAAGGAGGUGAACACAGCUCAGGGAGUAAAGAUCCUUGGAAAGGAUUUGGAGAAAACUCUAGCAGGACUGCCACUGCUCGUGGCCCAUAAAGAGGAUGAGAUUCCUGUACUGAGGGAUGAGCUGAUCCGGGAGCUGAAGCAGACACUGAAUGCGAUAAAACUGGAGGAGAAGGGUGUAUAUGUACAGGCCUCCACUCUGGGUUCACUGGAAGCUCUGCUGGAAUUCUUACGCACAUCCAAAGUGCCUUAUGCUGGCAUUAAUAUUGGUCCUGUCCAUAAGAAAGAUGUCAUGAAGGCAUCCACUAUGCUAGAGCAUGACUCACAGUACGCAGUCAUCCUGGCAUUUGAUGUGAAAAUUGAGAGAGACUCUCAGGAAAUGGCUGACAGUCUGGGUGUACGAAUCUUCAGCGCUGAAAUUAUUUACCAUUUGUUUGAUGCCUUUACCAAAUACAGGGAUGACUACAAGAAACAGAAGCAGGAGGAGUUCAAGCACAUAGCAGUGUUCCCCUGUAAGCUGCGUAUCUUGCCUCAGUUUAUCUUUAACUCCAGAGACCCCAUUGUCAUGGGUGUGACUGUAGAAGCUGGUGUACUGAAGACGGGUACUGCACUCUGUGUUCCAAGCAAAGGGUUUGUAGACAUUGGUAUCGUGACGAGUAUCGAGGUGAACCAUAAGUCGGUGGAUACGGCUAAGAAAGGUCAGGAGAUCUGUGUGAAGAUCGAACCUAUUCCCGGAGAGUCGCCCAAGAUGUAUGGCCGACAUUUCGAAGGUGUGGACAUCAUUGUUAGCAAGAUCACUCGUCAGUCCAUCGAUGCUCUGAAAAACUGGUUCAGAGACGAGAUGCAGAAAUCAGACUGGCAGCUCAUCAUGGAGCUAAAGAAGACUUUUGAAAUCAUCUGAGCAUGUGCACAGACUUUAAAACUGAUCUACGUGCUAAGACCCAUACACACACGCACACAAACACACACACACCCUGGGUUUUGCACACUCCUGAAUUCAACCAAGCUAUAUGUGCUAAUGUUCUCCCAGUCAGACUCUCAUCCCCAGACAUGCAGGGGUAAGUGUGGAUGUGUGCAGGUCGAGUCAUGCCCUCUUUUUUUCCCCUCCAUUUUCUUGUAAGUGGUGGAGACUUUAAAAAAAAAAAAAGGACAAAAAAAUAGAAAAAGUGUUUUUCUGUGAGAAACAAACUAUUACCACUGUUUUAAACAGUGACUUGUUAAAGAAACGUUAUUAUAUACACAUUAUUCCAAACGUGCCUGUUCUUUCUGAUUCAUCACUUAUUUUCCCUGUUCUGAGUGUGCAGCUGCUUUAAACAGGGUCAACCCAAAUGCUAACAUUUGUAGCUGUGCAGAAAAGGUACCUGGAACCAAUCAGUGUUUAUUCAAACAGUGCUGAUUGGAUCAUGUUGUAUUGCAGUGGUUAUUAGCGAGGUUAACAUGUUUGAGUUGAGUACUCAGUCGCAGGUCAGUGGCAGUUUGUCAGCUCAGCAUUAACGUCCUGUAAUUUCAAUGAUGCAUCAUUGAAUCUUCACUACAUGACUGAAUUAAGUGUACUAAAACAGUUAAAACCACUGCAGUGUCAGACAAGGAAAGAUUAGGGCAAGGGGCAGGCGCUUACUUACAGUUUGCAGGAUUCCAGAUGAAACCAGGAUUUUAGACUUUUGAAUAUAUUAACUUGACAGUGUUUUUGCCCUUGGAAUGCAGAUUUUAUUCGCAUUUGUGAAAAUGAUCAACACAUUUGAUGCAUCAUGGUUCUCGAAGUUUGCCUUGUGCCUGUUGCUGUCUUUACUGGGAACCAGGUCCUAAAGGCAGUUCUUAAUUUCGGUUUGACUUGUUCAAUUACAAUAAAUUGUGGUUUCAAUUAAUACCAAUAAAGAGACGGCAUAUUUAUACAAUGUUGUAUUUAUUAGUUUGACCUGGAAAUGUUUAUAAAAUCCACACUAAACCUUUGAAA